AUGAGGCGCGCUCUCGUGGCUGGCCUCUGCGCGCCGCUGCUCAUCGCCGCUCAAAGCGAUGCUCAUGUUGAGCACAUCGACUCCGACAAGGGCGCUGCUUGGGAUGUACUGGCGGAUGCAGCCGCGACUCGCACAAGAACUGUCACUGUGGCCACGGUGCCCACUUCUGUCGAUCCUCAAAUCAUGACAGUAGGUCUCAUACCAGUUCCAGUCGUCGCCGGCCCGAGGAGGACAAGCGCCGCCCCGAUUGGCGCAGGUUCAGCGACUGUUACCAUGCCCGCCACCGUGGUUUCCAAUCCUGGCGUCCUCGAAGUCACUCUCACACAGAUCCUCACGACGCUGGGGCAGACCCUGACACUGCCACCGCACCCAACUGGCGUUCCUUUUGAACUAAACGACAAGAGGAACGCCUGGCGCUUCAAUGAUACCGCCCCUGACUGUACGGCAAACAAAGGCGAAAAGCGCAACGUCACCGAAUGCAGGAUCAGAAAAUGCAUGUGGGACCACACCAAGCCCCUCAACAUCACCAGAGCGUGGCCUGCUGUCCAAUUUCCCAUCGAGUGGACCAACGCUACCGCGCCAUUUCGCAAUAACGCGAACCCGAUCGAUGUCACCUUCGUCAGCGGCCAAUACCACGAGGUCUGGGUCGAACAACGCACACUCCUGUCAUCUCAGCUUCACUGGGGCACGACCGCCGAUGGUCUAUAUUACCCGCACCGCACUUUGAUGUCCAGCGUCAUGGCACGGCCCACAACCGUGAAGAUAAGGUCAAACACUUGGGUCCUUCCAAGAACGGGUACCACAAUGACGCACGUCGAGCGAGUGUUUCCAACCAGUCAAGCACCUCACAAGGACAUCCAGCCGGCUCCAUCCUGCUCAUCUCUGGAGGAGUGUGCUGAACAAUGUGCCGUGGAGGAGCGGAAGCGUGCAAGUAGCCACAAGAAAAUGAGAAUUGGUCUCCUGGCCGGAUUCGGUGCUGCCCUCGGUGUGCUCGCAUUGCUUGCUUGCUUGUGCUGUUGCCAUCGCAGGAGGAAGACCAAGCGUGAGGCUCAGGACACUGGCGCCGUGCCACCGCCAAAUCCGGCCACAACCACCGUCACUCAAACAGCACCAGGCCAACCAGCCGGCACUCUGGGACGUCAAGCAGAGGAAGGUCGCGGUCGCGUCCAUUUCCCCGAAGGUGAAGCCGGCGAGAAGCCUGCUGGGGCCACUGCAGUCGUCACCGAGCACGCUGGUGACGCUCCAAAGAAAGUGGUCGAAACUCCAGCGGCUGCUACUGAGAAGGUCACUGCCGAGAAGCCGGCUGUCGAAAAGGCUGUUGUCGCCCCAGCAGAGCAUGUCGAGACCAUUCCCGCGCACGAUGGAGCGGACAGCCGACCCACUGGAAGCCUGAGACACGACAUGGGCAGCAUGCGUGGCCGCAAGAAGAUCCGAGCUGAUCUGAAGAACCUUUUCUGA